GGUCUAUUUCACUCUCUCUGCUUCCUCCUCUCCACUCCUCUCACUACUGCAUCUUAAGAUGAGGUUAACAGCACUGUGCAUAGGCGGGAUCCUGCUGGCCUUCUCCAGCCUCGAAUGGAUGUCUUUCGGAGACGCACUGGGGAACGAGGGAUUCAGUCCCUGUGCCGCCACCCUGACGGCUGGAUGGCCGUGCAGACCGGGGCAGGCUACUUGCCCUUACGUCCUGACCCUGCCGCCGUUGACUGUGCACAUGCCAGAGAAGCUGCAAGAGCUGGAGAACCUUGUCAAGGAGUUGCAGAAGCUGAAAGAUGAUGUGGACCAGCUGAGGAAGAUGUGCGGAGACUGUGACGAGAGUGAAAGGGCAUGUGUGGGAGCCAGAGAGGGCAAAUAUGAUAAGGGGGGACUCGCUGAGAUACUUCAGGAUAAAGACAGAGAUUUAGGACGGAUAGAUAAAGCAGACAUGUAUUUGGAAGGAGGCAAGGAAGAAAAGUGCAGGAGCGAGAAUGGCGAAAUGGGCAAAGAGGGAGCACUUGCUGGGGAAGUAACACACAGUGGAAAAGAGGUUACAGCUAAAAUUGAUGAAACAAAGGAGGGAAAGACACAAACUGAAGGAGGAAAACGCCAUGAAGGGAUUAAGGACCACGGGAGGCAUACAAGCAAGGAUCAAGGGCAGAUCUGGGUUGAAAGGAGAAAGGAAAUGGAAAGGGGGAUAAAAGUGGAGGGAGGUAAUAAGAAACCAAAACAGCUUGAAAACACUGAACUCAAGUCCACAAAAGAAGGCAAGGACGCUGGAGAAAAGCAUCAAGGAAAGACAAUCCAGAAUGUGCAGAGAGACAGUGAUGGACAAUCCAACACAGCCACUGAGAGGACAGACUUUGUUGGAAUCAGCCCUACUCCAUCGUCAACUUCUACUUUAAAUUCCAUCCCAGGUAUUGAUCUAAGAGUGACCCAAUCAGCUUCGGUUGCACCAAACCUUAUCGGGAUGGUGAGUAUGACUCCAUCGACAACCACAAGUAAUAUUCUGGAUAGUCCAAAGAAAGAUGUAACCUUGACUACUCAAGAUGCAGCAAGCUCAAGUUCAAUCAUUCCUCAUCACGACCUCCACACAACUAUUUCCCCUGAAGCCACGGAGCACAGCAGGUGGCCGGCCAAGCCUGCCGUAAAGCAUCUUCCAGGCCUAAAACCCAAGCCCGGGGCAAAACAUAGACUCGGCAACGACAAGACAAAGGAAUCCAAACAUGACCGUAAAACGGACAUUAAAAUAAAACAGGAGCAAAAGGAGAAGCUUUCUCAACAGAAAAAUAAACCUGGCAAUGACACUAGAAGGAUCCAAAUCCAAAAACCUGGGCAAAGAGCAGAUAACUGGACGAGCGAUCAGAACCUAAAAAGCCUAAAACCCAAACACGUUCAAAACAGGACGACUCAACUUCACCGGGUACCAACUGUUGUAGACCAUCCAAGACCUGCCACUGGCAAAGAACCAGAUCCACCAAUGUGGAAUAAAAACUCUAAGCCUAACAAAAGACCUGUUCACCAGAAGCCAAAACCUGACAAAAGACCCAAAAGUGACGCAAAAGAUAACUCAAACCAACUUUUGACAUCUGAUCCAGAGCCAGACUUGGGGAUAAGUAAGUUAAUCAGCAAUAUGUCUGAAGGGGGUCAAAAACUGAUGGAAUCGCUUCAUUCAGCGUCUUCUCCUGAGCCAAAAGACCCACCAGGACAUGUAUUUACAGCUAAUCCUUAUCAAAGACUGAAAUCCAGCCAGAAAAUCUUUCACAUUAACGCAACACAGGUGCCCAAACUUAAACAAAAACAGCCCAAGACUGACACGAAGCCUAAAGCCGGCCAAGCACUUCAAACCAAUCAAGGGCUUAAAGAACCUCGGUCAGAUGUCACACUUAAGCUUGACCACCAAUCUGUGACUGAUCAAAGUCCUGCUGCAGAAUCCAAGGGGGACAGACCACCAAGUAGACCGACACUGGAGCCAGGAACAGCAAUACCAAAGCAGAACAACACCAAACAUGUUAGUAGGAUUAUUGACUUGCAUCCUACUUCUGGUCCAGUGCAACUGAUUGCUGAUAUGACUCAUUCCCCAGAGUUCAAACAGAGUUCAAACAGCCUUUCCGGUCUACCAGUGAGCCCAAACAGCAGGAUGGCGUCUGGUCUGAUUCCACAAACAACCACUCAAUCACCAUUGAUACCAACGUCAACAAGCCCAGUCACGCUCCAUGAUGUUAUUCCUAAAAGCAAUCCAGCAUCCUCCAAGCCAAAGGCUACAUUACCUCACACAGCAGAGGAACAAGCACCCCUCCAAAAAAACGUCCAAACUACUCUCAUCUCAACAACAACCGCCACCGGCACCACCUCUGACCCCGAAGCCCCAGCUGCUGUGUCGUCAACGUCAAGUGCCCGUGAGCUGCGCGUGAAAAUCAACCAGGUGGUUGCUGCGUUCUUCAACAGCAGCCUGGGUCCUAAUGGAAGACCACCAGGUAGGCAUCCUAAAGAGCUGCCUGAGGACAAGGAGGGUGGAAGCAGGACUGCCAGCGGGUCACCACUACUGAUACCAUCUAAUGGUGCACUAUCUAUGAGGAGAGACUGCUCGGACCACCUGCUCACCGAGACGGUAAUGAAGAGUGGAGUCUACCAAGUGACCCCUGAUGUCCUCCAUAGCAGCAGCAGCAGCUUCCCAGUCUUCUGUGACAUGGAGCUUCACGGUGGAGGGUGGACCCUCUUGCAGUUCCGACAGGAUGGCAGCGUCAGCUUCAACCGCACCUGGGCAGAGUACCGAUCCGGCUUUGGCGAUCUUCUCAACGGAGGGGAGUUCUGGCUUGGAAACCAACACAUUCAUUUGUUGACCCGCGACAGGGACAUGAUGCUGCGGGUGGAGCUGCAGGAUUUCUCCGGGGUGGUGGGAUAUGCAGAGUACGAUCACUUUAAGGUGGCGAGUGAAAGGAUGCGCUACAGGUUGACAGUUGGGGGUUACUCCGGCACUGCAGGAGAUGCUCUUGUCUUCAGCUCCAGCUACAACCACAACAACCGGGCCUUCACCACCCCAGACAGGGACAAUGACCGCUACCCUUCAGGGAACUGCGGGGCUUACUACAGCUCUGGCUGGUGGUUCGAUGCAUGCAUGGCUGCAAACCUGAACGGGAGGUACUAUAUUGGGAAAUACAAGGGGGUUCGUGAUGGGAUCUAUUGGGGGACCUGGCACAAUAUCUCCACAGAGCUGUAUCCUACAAAUGAAAGACAGUCUUUUAAAACAGUCAGGAUGAUGAUCAGACCAAACGACUUUACGCCGUGAAGAGUUAAUAUUAGUAAUUUAAGACAUGAACUCUCUGUAUUACACCAUUCAACAGUAACGCCAUAAUACCAUACGACCCUCCUGCUUUGACGCAAUGCUACCACCUAGUGGAAAUAUGUGAUUCUGCAAUACAUACUGUUUGUUGAUAAUGUUGAUCAUUGAGGAUGUAUAUAGUGUUUACAGUUUAUGGGACCUUUUUAAAAAUAGUGUUUAACUAAUAUAUUCAGUAACAUAUAUUAGUAAUAUAUGAUUAGUGAUCAGAUGAUGGUUGAAUGAAAGUGUUUGGAAGGUUGAUUAGAUUUUUGUUAUGUUUUGUAAGUUUGGAUACUUUUCAUUCUAGACCAACAUUCUUUUCAAAUUAAAGUGCUAGCUGACGAAUGAACAAAGUGACUGUGAUUUUUUUCCCUCCUUUCCCCCCACUUUAAACAUCCAUCCAUCCAUCGAUUUUCUAAGCCGCUUAACUUAAAACAAUAAUAAU